AUGCCUCUGAUCUCGACCGGCUCGUCGACUGGCUCAUCGCCAACCUCUGCGAAGACGUUGAAGACGCCUGCUGACGAGGGGAUCGCUUUCUUCGAAUCGGAUGCUCAGAAGGGAGAACCUCCUAUCAGGGUGUAUGAGUUAGCGUUAGAGGCAGAUGGCGGGCCGAGCAAGGAAAUAGCGUACAUUCGUCUUCCUCCCGCUAAUACCCCAUAUAUUCUGCGUGUCUCGCUCGAGGCUGGCACCCCAGCAUCUAGAAAUGGCGUUUUCAAGACCAACUUUCCUCUUGAUGGAGGCAAGUUCGAACGCAAUAAGUUCUCUGAGCGCAGACUUCCGAAUAACUUCUCGAAACCUAUUGAGGUCGACCUCCCCAUCUCACAUGCCGGCGCUUUUGCCUACUGGGUCGAAUACGACGGUUCCAAACCGGGGUCUCGCAUCAAGGGACGUGAGGGUUAUUUCAACAUAGAUCCAAUUCUUCACACCAAAGCGCGCGCACCCAUACUAUCUCCAGAUUUGAAGGCCCUUCCCCCUUCGCAAGGCGGCGCAUCCCUUCGGGACGAGGACAUAAGUCUUCCAUUAUCCGCCGUCUCCAUAUUGAGCACUGUCUCCAAGUGGAUGGGUCCUGUAUCGAGGUGGCCGGAUUUCUUUGCAGAAGCUAGAGAUCGUGGUUAUAACAUGAUACACUGGACGCCGCUUCAGGAGCGUGGUCAGAGUGAUUCCCCAUACUCGAUCAAGGAUCAGCUACGGUACGAGCCGAGCAUGUUUGACGACGGGACGAGAGGGGGUGAGGAUGGAGGUGUCGCCAACAUGGAUUCGAUUCUGAAGUCAGCAAAGGAGGAAUAUGGUCUGCUCAGCUUGACCGAUGUCGUACUCAACCAUACGGCUGAUAAUAGCGCCUGGUUGGAGAAGCAUCCUGAAGCUGGCUAUAGCCCUUCCAACUUUCCUCAUCUAACUCCCGCACUCGAACUCGAUGACGCUAUCAUUGAAUUCUCUGGGACGCUCGAGUCGAAGGGCCUGCCCACCGAAAUGCGUUCAAGCGCUGACAUCGAUGCUGUGGUAAAUGGCCUCCGCGACUACCUGAAACGGUUGGACUUCUGGCAAUAUUAUGUCCUCGACGUACAGCAGGAGAAGGAUGCAAUAGGAAAGGCCUUAGCUGCGGGCAGUGCAACGGCAUGGGCUGGUCCCGAUAUCCGUGGCAAAUCACCUAGUGAAAUUGCGCAGAUCGUUCGGGCGUACGACGACGGGGGCUCGAUUCAGGGACUCGGGAAGUAUGCAAGACGAUUCGGCGUGCACAUAGAUGGCGCCGUAGCGCUUGGAAUUUUACAGGCUGCCAGUGGUGAUGUGUCUGCCGAUUCUUGGGGCAAGGUCGUGGAUAUCCUGAACGUUCCCUUGUAUGAGGAAUGGGCAAACGAUACCAAGAUUGCGCUGGACAACAUACGCAACCGGUUGGAGUAUACCAGGCUUGAUGAGCAUGGACCCAAGAUGGGGCGCAUCUCCAAGAAGUCUCCCAUUGCUGAGCCGUACUUCGCGCGGAUUCGCGGUGCAGAGAAGGAACCCCUCAAGUACUCUUUGGCUGUGAAUGGUUGGCAAUGGGCUGCUGAUCCCCUGUCAAAUUUCGCGCUCCUACCUUCGAAGGCUUAUUUCCAGCGCACAGUCAUCGCGUGGGGUGACUGCGUCAAGCUCAAUUACGGCUCAACACCUGGAGAUUCGCCCUACCUUUGGGAUCAUAUGUCGAAAUACGUUACUUCCCUUGCUCGUGCGUUUGCAGGUUUCCGUUUAGAUAACUGCCAUUCGACCCCCUUGCAUGUCGGCACAUUUCUUCUCGAUCGUGCCCGAGAAGUAAACCCGGAUCUUUAUGUCGUUGCUGAGCUUUUCACAGGAAAUGAGGACAUGGACACCAUUUUCGUCAGUCGUUUGGGAAUCAACAGCCUCAUACGGGAGGCGGGAAAUGCGGGUGAUCCGAAGGAGUUUUCGCGUAUCAUCUGGAGAGACGGAUUGGGAAAGCCGAUCGGAUCUAUGGACAGCGCGUGUCUCACCAGGCCAGGGUUUGUUGCCUCGCCUACAUUGUCUGGGAAGGGUCCUAUCAGGCCCUGUGUCGUCGUUCCGCUGAGCGGGUCGCUACCGCACGCGCUUUUGUACGAUCAGACCCAUGACAAUGAGUCUACGACGACGAAGCGAUCGGCGGAGGACACGCUUUCGACAGCUGGGAUCGUGGCAUUCGCAUGGUGCGGUACUGGUAGUGUGAAAGGCUUCGAUGAGGUGUACCCGAAGUUGUUGGAGCUGGUUACGGAGAAGAGGCUGUACGAGUUGGUGGGGCUUGGAGCAGAAGGACAAGGUUUCGGCGGGAGCGGAAUCGCGGCGGCGAAACGGCUGCUCAACAACCUGCAUCGCGAGAUGGUGUUUGGUCGAUAUGAGGAGGGGCAUGUGCAUCAGGAAAAUGAUUACAUUGUCGUGCACAGAGUACAGCCGAGCACACAGAAAGGCUACAUCCUUGUCGCCCACACCGCUUUCUCCCACACGGCAGGAACGAAAGACCGUGGAUCCAUUGAACCUGUCCGUCUUCGUCGCUCCAAGGCAAAGUAUGUUUUUGGCGCGAGUGUAGAAUUCUCUCAGCAAAGUCUUCCAACUAACUCUGGUACCCUUGGCGGUAUCCCAUCAAAGCUCAUUCUCCUCCCCGCACCAUCUCUCUCAGAAGGCGCUGAUGAUGAAGGACCAUAUACCGAUAUCAUUGUUCCCAACAACUUCCCCCCCGGAAGUAUCAUGGUUCUCGAGACGCAGCUUCAAGGUCUUAAUACCACUCUGGACGCCUUUUGUGUUUCUGGUGCCGACAAGGCGUUCGGAGAUCUUGACUUGGUUGAUUUAAAUGUCGUCUUGUUUAGGACUGAAGGCGAAGAGCUCGAUGCAACCAACGGCGAGGUCGGUGGAUACGAUGUUUCCGGCCUUGGUAAACUAAAAUACUGCGGUCUCGAGGGAUGGAUGCACCCUAUGAGGCACAUAAUAAAGUAUAACGAUCUGGGUCACCCGCUUUGCCAACAUCUGAGACAGGGUGCGUGGGCGUUGGACUACGUCUCUUCACGCCUUUUCAAACAGGCGUCGUAUCUUCCCCGUCUUACGAAACCCGCCGAGUGGUUCAAGGAACGUUUUGACAUCGUCAAGACAAGCGUUCCGCCGCACCUGAGGCCGAAAUAUUUUGCCAUGAUCAUAUCAGAUGCGCACAAGGCGGCGCGGCGUGCUGCCAUUGAACAGUGCUCGGACUUCGUUUCCUCUGGACAUUCCUUCACUCAGGACCUGGCCCUCGUCGCGGUACAAAUGCAUGGUCGAGUGCAGUCCGCUUCGCUUGAUCCUGGGAAACCGACUCCGUCUUUGGCCGCUGGCUUACCGCACUUUUCUUCUGGGUGGGCAAGGUGCUGGGGCCGUGAUGUAUUCAUCUCGUUGAGGGGUCUGUUUUUGACGACGGGGAAUUUCGAGGAUGCAAAGAAGCAUAUCUUGGCCUUUGCUUCGACAUUAAAGCAUGGUUUGAUUCCGAACUUGCUUGACUCGGUCAGGAAUCCCAGAUACAAUUCCCGUGACUCGCCUUGGUGGAUGCUUCAAAAUAUCCAAGACUACGUCACGAAGGCGCCUGACGGUUUAGCUUUACUGGCUGAGCCAGUGAAGCGACGUUUUCCGAAGGAUGACACCUGGGUGCCCUGGGACGAUCCUCGAGCGUAUGCAGAGACGAGCACAGUAGCGGAGAUCAUCCAAGAAGUUCUCCAGCGGCACGCCAGUGGUAUUUCGUUCCGUGAGUACAACGCCGGCCCAAACCUUGAUAUGCAGAUGCGGGAAGAAGGGUUUAACAUUGAGAUCCGAGUCGACUGGAAUACUGGCUUGGUGCUUGGCGGCAACGAAUUCAAUUGUGGAACCUGGAUGGACAAGAUGGGGGAAUCUGAGAAGGCUGGGAAUAAGGGUUUGCCAGGGACGCCAAGAGAUGGAGCGCCAGUGGAAAUAACAGGACUGGUGAAGAGUACGUUGAGGUGGUUGGAUGAACUAUCAGGCCAAGGUCAUUUUCCUUUCCAAGGUGUAGAAGCCAUCAUCGGUAGCGGGCGGCGUCUGGUGUCAUUCAAGGAGUGGGGAUCACUGAUACAAGAGUCCUUCGAAAAGUGCUAUUACGUUCCAUUGGAUCCUGUCAAUGACAAUUCAUACUAUAUAACCCCUUCUCUCGUCAACCGUCGUGGGAUAUAUAAGGACGUCUUCGGCUCUGGAGUGGGCCGUGAAUGGUCCGACUAUCAGUUCAGACCGAACUUCGCCGUAGCGAUGACCGUGGCGCCUGAGCUAUUCGUUCCUGAGCAUGCCAUGACAGCACUGAAGCUGGCGGAUGAUGUGUUGCGAGGUCCAUUAGGCAUGAAGACACUCGACCCGAACGAUCUGCAAUACCGGCCAUUUUACGACAAUUCGAACGAUUCUAGCGACGUCGCCACCGCCAAAGGCCGGAAUUACCACCAGGGUCCAGAGUGGGGGUGGCCUCUUGGUUUCUUUUUGCGAGCCUAUAUUCACUUCGACAUCAAAGUCGGCGCAGGCAAUCCCGACUCUACCGUCACCCUUCACCACAUCCACGGCAUAUUACGUCCAUCUCGAGCCCACAUUCGCAAGGAUCCAUGGGCAGGAUUACCUGAACUUACCAACAAGGACGGUGCAUUUUGCCAUGAUUCUUGCCCCACUCAGGCGUGGUCGGCCAGCACGAUGCUCGACUGUUUGGAAGAUGUGCAUAAAAUGUCGGCUGCGAGAUGAAUCCUGCAUAUGAGAGGGUGAAAAGGGGUGUAAAGCUUAGGCAUGUAACAGUAAAUUGACUCAGCACGCGGAUCUCGGUUUCGAUAGAAUUAGACAUGUACGUCCAGGAUUCCUGUCGCGAUAUUGAUUUGUAUUCGUUACACACCGAUCUAAGGAUGAGCGCAUGAGCCAUGUCCUUGUUCAGAUCUUCAGACCCGUUCUUUUGGGAAUCAGAGUGAAGUUUUA